UUUCUAACCAAUCAGAAUGAAGGGGUGGGUCUUCGAGCUAAUCUUUACAAAAUGGCGACUGUUGUUGUUUUGCCGCAGGGUCAGUGAAUAAACCCGUUUUUCACUUCAGUAAAUUUCUGCAUUAAGUUGCAGAAAAUAUAGCACCAAGGAAGAGCAAGUGUCCCGACGGUUGACACCGAGUGGGCCGAAAUGAAAGGUAAAGAGCGGUCGCCGAUUAAAAAACGCUCCCGGGCCCUGGACGAUAUUCGAGACAGGGGAGGAUGCCAUCCGACCAGCAAGAAAAUGGGGGCUCUGUCAGUUUCCAGUGGGAGUAAUAAUGGAAACAGUUCGUCCAAAAGCGACGGCGGCUCGACAAGACGGAGUCUCCUCGGGGAAAAAAGAGACCGAGAUUUCGACGGUCACAGCCGGACUGGAAAUAAUCACAGUUGUCAGUCUGCAGCUGCCGCCGCCGCUGCAGCGAGCUCCGUGGGCAAAAACCACAACCUGAGCCUGACGCUGGAUUUAGCCUCACCGAGGACCACCUCCCGGGGUGAGCCGCGGCUGCAGCCGCCCAGCACAGAGAGUGAGUACAAAACGCUCAAAAUCAGCGACCUCGGCACUCAGCUUAGCGACGAGGACAUCGAGGACGGACUCUUUCACGAAUUUAAAAAAUUUGGGGAUGUGAGCGUCAAGAUAAGUCGUAGCAACGACGAGCGGAUAGCCUUCGUAAAUUUUAGGAAGCCGGAGGACGCCAGAGCGGCUAAGCACGCCAGGGGACGGCUGGUGCUGUACGACCGGCCGCUGAAAAUCGAGGCGGUCUACAUCAACCGGAGGCGAAGUCGGUCUCCGGUGGAGAGAGACUUGUACGGUGCAGCUCAAAGCCACAGACAUUUGCAGCGACCCCUCUCGCCCACCGGGCUGGGAUAUAGAGACUACCGGCUGCAGCAGCUAGCCUUGGGACGGCUUCCUCCACCCCCACCACCACCUUUGCCGAGAGAACUGGAGCGGGAUAGGGAGUUCGCUCUGUUUGAAGCCAGAGCACGCCCAGCCUUCAUUGCAGAACGGGCAGCUUUCCGGGAAGAGGAUUUUAUUUCCCCAGAAGACGACCAAAGAGCUAAUAGGACGUUGUUUUUAGGCAAUCUGGAUAUAACUGUUACAGAAGCAGACCUCAGGAGGGCUUUUGACAGGUUUGGAGUCAUAACAGAAGUGGACAUUAAGAGACCAACACGGGGGCAAACCAGCACGUAUGGAUUUCUGAAAUUUGAGAAUCUUGACAUGGCUCAUCGUGCUAAGCUUAGCAUGUCUGGUAAAAUAGUGGGCCGCAAUCCCAUAAAGAUAGGCUAUGGGAAAGCAACACCAACCACGCGCCUGUGGGUGGGUGGUCUUGGACCGUGGGUUCCCUUAGCUGCCUUGGCAAGAGAAUUUGAUCGCUUUGGCACUAUAAGGACCAUUGACUACAGAAAAGGGGACACUUGGGCCUAUAUUCAGUAUGAAAGUUUAGAUGCUGCACAAGCAGCAUGCACACACAUGAGAGGCUUCCCGCUGGGAGGCCCAGAGAGAAGACUUAGAGUGGACUUUGCAGACACUGAGCAUCGUUACCAGCAGCAGUUCCUGCAGCCUCUCCCAAUACCACCAUUUGACAUGGUGGCUGAGUCAUUUGUCCACCGUGCCACACCUGAGCCACUGAGGGUCAGGGAACGAACUCCACCGCCGCUUCACUUCAGGGAGAGAGAGCUGUUUCCUGGAACUGACUGGCCCAAUCCUGCUAUUCGUGAACGGGUACGUGCCUCACCUUUUGAGCCUCUGGAGCAUUUGGACCGUGAGAGGCGAACUCGUGAGCCCUGGUCUUUGGAAAGAGAGCUGCAGGGGCGAGAGCCUGCGCGAAAGCGGCGCAUAUUGGAGGACGGACGCCACAUAGACCACUCCCCUGAUAGCACUGAGAGGACAGUAAGACGCAGACGUGCUUCUCCAGAUGGCAGUCCUGGAGGCAGCAGCAGAGAUGGAGGGCGCUUUAGUGACUCAGAACGCCCCCUGCGGGGCGAGAGAGCCUCUCCUGCGAGAGAACGCCACAGCAGCCUUGAAAGAGGUGUGUCAGACCGAAGGCCCAAAAGCCAGAGUCUGUCUGAUAAGGGACUUUCAAGCAACAUUAUUUCAGCAGUUGGAGAGCGCAAGCGCAAGGCAAUCGAUGGUGGCAAAGGACCAGCCAAGAGAGAACGUUCUGAGAGCAGCUCAAAGGGAGGCCAGCCAUCCAAGCCGGAUGGCAACAAACUCAGUUUGGCGUGGCAUGGUAUGCUAUUGUUGAAGAACAGCAACUUUCCAGCCAACAUGCACCUGCUGGAGGGAGACCACAACGUCGCCAGCGACCUGCUUGUCGACAGCGCUACAGGAAGGCGAGUGAGCGAGCUAAAGAUCACGCAGCGACUCCGGCUGGACCAGCCCAAGCUCGACGAGGUGUCUCGGCGCAUCAAGGUGGCAGGUCCGGGCGGCUACGCAAUCCUGUUGGCGGUCCCCGGCACCACAGAGGAUACAUCUUCAUCCGACCCUGCAGCUUCAACUCAGCGGCCGCUUCGCAACCUGGUGUCCUACCUCAACCAAAAACAAGCAGCUGGAGUCAUCAGCCUGCCUGUGGGAGGAAGCAGAGAUAAAGACAACACAGGGGUUCUUCAUGCUUUCCCUCCCUGUGAUUUCUCCCAGCAGUUCCUGGAUUCCUCUGCCAAAGCUCUGGCAAAAAGUGAAGAGGACUAUCUAGUCAUGAUUGUGGUCCGCGGAGCAUCUUAAAGAAACAAACUACACUAAAUUCAAAUGGAAUAAAAAAAAAAAAAAAUCUGCUGUAUGUCAGUAACUAUUGCAUGCUGUGUGUUCUGCAUCAUGGAGUACACUAGUAUGGUUAUUGAGUGUUAUGUUACCAUGUAAGCCACUUAAAGGACAAACAGUGCCCCCCUGCAAAGCUAAAAGUAUGUGUGUUUCUGAAGUUACUGUUCAGAGGUGUCAGUCACAAUUAUAAAUCUGCAGUCAUUUAGCCAAAAUUCUGUAAAGCGGUUAAAGUUUAACCUUAAUUUAAGCUUAAUUUAUGAACAGAGAAGUCAUGCAGACUAUAUUUUUCUUUGUAGUUCAUUUACAGAUUUAAAAUGUUAGCCAUCCAGGUCUGCAACAGAAAAAAGGAAAAAGAAAAAGGAGAGUUAGAAGUUUAAGAAGGGGACACAAUAACAGCUCCAUUUAAAAUCGAACCACAAACUCUCAGUGUUGAAACCUCACCUUCCACAGAGCGCUAACAGUAACGGAAAAAGCUUAAGAAGACAUGUUUCUAUUAUAAUGUAAUGCAUUAGACAAACAGGUGCUGUUAUUGUGUCAACCUCCUGCCCUGAUAUUUGCACCAGGCUUUCAGAAAACACAAUUUUUUUUUUCAAAGCUUUGAAUUACAGUGCAAUAAUAUGUCUACUAUUACCACUUUUUGAUGAAGGGAGACAAACUUGAUUUGAAUUGUUUUUCUUUUCUUUUUUUGUGUGUUAGAGGGUUGGUGAACUAUCUCUGGUUACAUUUCAAGGUCAAAACAUGUUGCACAACUUUUCUCUCACCCACCACAUGACAGCAUUGUCCCAUCUCUCAUAUAUUCUCAUCCUUAAUGAAAAGUCAGGCGAAUGGAGUGUGGUUCACUGAGGAAGAGUUGUGCAAUGCAUUUAAGUGUUACGAUGCUCACGCAUGUCUGUCGCAGUGGAUUAUGAAAACUGGAAAACAUUGGGUGAACAGAUACAGCCGAUACAGCUCAGUUUAAAUGCAUUACAAAAUUCAGUUUGGAACAAAAGUACAGAUUAUGUUCAGGUUUGUUGUUUGGGUUUAGGAGUAUUUGUCUUGUACUCCUCAGAAUUGGAAUGCCAAAAUUGCAAGAUAGACAAUGAACUCAGUGUGUGUCCGCUGGUAAAGCUAAAUGGUCAUGUCAACUCUGUAUGAAACGCUGAAUACUAACAGAUGUGAAUUUAUUUUCAAGGGAACAGCCCAUUACACAUAGCGUAGUUUAAAAAAACAAAACAAAAAAACAGUUGCUAACAUUUUUUUCACAAAAUAUUUUAUUUUGUGCAUCCCUGUCUUUAGAAAUGGUUGUGAAAACGUGAACUAUGAAAAAGUAUAAUAGUAAUGGAUAAAAAGCUUAGAGGAUUUUGUGUUGAUUUGACAGACUGCUUCAUUUAUUUACCUAAGACCAGUAGGUCCUUCAAUAAUAAUAAUAAUAAUAAUAAUGAUAAUAUUAAAUAUGCCAGUACAAACCUAAUAUUUGUACAGCAAGUAAGUCUGUGCAAUUUUUUAGUUUUAGAGGUAUCUUAACAGUUAAUGUUGAUUUUAUUUUAGCAGUCUAAAUUUGACUGUAUUUCACUCAUGCUUGCCAACAUUUAUUUAUUUUUUCCCCAAGGCCUACUUACCCUGUUUUGUUUUGCCAUUGUAGUUUUGCCAUGUAGUAAUAACCUGCCAUGCACUAUAAUUUGCUGAGUUUGGUUUAAUAUGUAUUGAGAACAUUUAUAUGUGGGGAAAAAAAGAAAAUUGUUGUAUAUGUGAAAAUCACACCCACUGCGGCUUUGGACUCUUGAGGAGACGAGCACAGAGCUGAAAACCUCUGCAGAGAAGGCACCCUGGUGGUUGUGAGUCCUCACUGAUGAGGCAGCUUUUAAGUUGUGUAGCCCAUCUGCACCUGUGAUGACUUCUGUUUUAAAUGGAAAAAUUGAGCAAUGUACACUUUGAUGUCAUGGGGAAGGAAAAUCCGUAGAGCCCAUGCGAAGCUGUUCACAUACCUGCAAGUGCAUUUGGGCACUUAAUGUGACCGAUUAUCAAUAAAUUGUUCAUUUGAAGGGAAACAUGUUUCUUCGAUGGAAGUGAAUUGAAGAAACGAGCUGCCCAUACCUUAUUGUGUUUCGAAAAAGGAGUUGUCACUUGAAAUUUUGUUUCUGCACACGAGAGGGGAGACGAUUUGCAGUUUUAGCACCAGUGAAGAGAGACCCCCCCAUUUCAAGUGAGGAUUGCUGCUUGUUUGCAGGCCAGUUCUGACCUCCUAAGUUGCCUAAAUUACUUCCUCCCUCACGAUCCCUGCUUAUGUCCUCAACUGUUUCCUGUUGGCAUGCGAACGACCGAUCAGGAUCGAGGAGCCAGAGUCCAGUUUGCAGUGACGGCACGUGCCAGUAUCCUGUUGUCUCCUGUGGUCGUUACUCUAAAGGUUUCAUGUGCAGUGUUCCUGGGUCUGAAUAGGAGGCGAGAGAAGCUCAUCACCUCCGUCGCACACUCCACUCGGGAGAUUGUGGGCGACGCUGCUUUGAAAUUUCCAUAGCAUCUACAGUUCAUGCUGUCACUCUCACUGCAGAGGCCAAGCUGAACCACUGGGCUGAUUGUCUUUAUUACACUUUGCCCAGUUAUAUGAGUUGAUUUGACUAAAUGUUUGUAUCAGGGAAGAGGAUUGGGCCAAACCUCAGCUAGGAAUAUUGUUUGUGUUCUCCUCUGAUUGAACCCUCUCCGAGGAGACGAGUGAGGAAGCUCGUUUGUUUUUCUGAAGUCGUAUGCCGUCAUCACCCGAGGUCUGCUGCUGCUGCAUGGAGCUGAAACACAAGCAGGCCUAAUCCUUUACCCUUUUUGGCAUCGCUGGAAGGAAUCUACGAUGCACCUCACCACUUCCCCAAAUUCUUCUAGGAGACUUGUUUAUUUUGACAAUUCCCUUUUAUAAGUUUAAGACCGCUGUACACAAAAAAGAGGAAAGAAAGCUUCAGUUUCCCCCCACAACCCGUUAUAGUCAUGUUAGUGUGAAAGCAAAUGCUGUGUUCUGUGCUGAGGAUGAGCCCUUGCUUCACUAGAGAAACAUUGCCAUCUUGAGGACCACGGAGCACCUGCUUUCCUCUCUCAUCAUCUACCUGACACCAUACAGAGCUGCUAUCACUAAAACUGCUGUACAGAGACAGCACGAUGGUGAGUAAGGUGACCAAGUGCUGCCUGCCAGGUCUGUAUCGUUGGCUUUGGCAGCAGUGGUGAGUAUUGAGUGUCAACACCUCACAUUUUCCAAUAACAAAUGGACAGCAGUACGCUGGUUUUCAUUACUGGGGUUAUUUUUCUUUAAUGACAAUUGGCAUGAAUCCCAAAGGCCAUGUAGGACAGAAUGUGAAUACAAUGCUGCGUUGACCAUCAGCAGUUUUAGGAUUAAGCUAAAUAAAAAGAUAGUCUGUGCCAAAUGAUCAACAAUUGCAAAUUAAAAUUUAGCAAAUUAUGUGGGAACUUUUGCUUGUUAGGCUACUACAACUGCCACACCUCUGGUUAGAUCACGUACAAAAUCCUGCGUAUUGUUUCUGCAGCUUUCAGAUCAAUAUCAUUCUUUCAAAGAUCAAUCAUGUCACUGAUUGCCAGGCACUAAAGGCAACACUAAUAUUGUGCUCUGUGAAGUUACUGGUACAAAUUCAGUUAUAAAGACCUCGUUCUUUUAUGGUGUGGCAAAAGAUGGCUUCAAGCAUUGGUGAUAAAUGAAUGCAUUUACUGAGCAAAUACUUUAGUAUGAAAUUUGAGGUGCGUUGAGUAUGUAUCCAUAUACUCACACUAGUACUUCUGAGACCAUUUUUUUUUUUCACUCAACUGCAUUUGAAACCUGUAGUUACUGAUUCCUGUGCAGAUCUUAAUUACUCUUACUAAAUUACAAGUUCAUUGAUUCAUAGGAAUAAAUGUAAGCCCCACCUUUACCAGUAGAAACAUUAAAGAGAUGCAGACACCAAUGAAUGAGUAAUUAUAAUCUGUAUAUUUUAAUACUUGUUGGUAAAUACCUCUUCCACCAGUUUCAAUUCACUGUAGUUCCUUCUAAGACUCUACUUUCUGUCAUACAUAAUAUUAUUGAUUAUGCAUACAGAAACCUUUAUUAGAUUAUAGUCUCCAGUUAAUAAAAACAAGCAGAAUUAAUUCAUUGAUUGAUUGCAGAGGUUUAGUCCCAGAUCCUCUAAAUCCAACAUAGAGCAGCUGAAGCUAAUAAAAAUAAACCGUCCAGUCUGUGGUCAGAACUUCAGUGGGUGUUUUUUGAGGCUGUGUGAAUAGAAACAGAAACCGUGAGCUCAGAUAAUGUCAAACAGGACACUGUUUAAUGAAAAGCAGAGUGCAGUAAAGUUAUUAGGUAUCACUGUACACUAAUGUAUCUUACGGGUAUCAGCAGCAAGAUCAUAGCUGGUAAUGUUUUCCUGUGUUUGUUUGUUUUUUUAAUAAAAUAUUCCCUAUUAUACAAAAAUCUGCACAAAUAUAAAAGAUUGAAACAUUAUUCAAAUCACGGUUGUGUAAAGUUUUUAACUUUUUGAGAUAAGGAAUUCUGCAGAUUCAUACAUUUCAAAGAUUAUUUGCUGAAACCGAUUCACCUUAUUAGACCACCACCCAAUGUAAGGUCCAUGCCACAACUAAAUUAACAGUUUUGGUAAUUAACAUAAUAUUUUUUUUAUGUUUCUGUAAUGGUUAAUCCACCAGUGUGCACUUAAGAAAAAGUAGUUUUAGUGGUUGAAUGUUAUGCUUGAUUAAUUUCUGACUUCUCAAAUUUGGACAUAAAAACAUGAAUUCAGUUGUUUACCAAAAAGCAAACAUAACAUAAUGUUUAGUUUUAAACAAGUUUUAGACAGAUUUCUAAAUUAUUUGUGUUUUCUUGUUUUAUCACAUGCAGUCAAAAGUCUGUUAAGCACUGUAUAUCAUCCAAAUGUAAUGAGUGUGGUUUAAGUGUCACUACUUACAUGAUUUUGUGCAAUCGGUGUUAGCAAA